AUGUUCCUGCAGCUUAUAUUUCUUCUUGUCAUCUCCGGUCAUGUAUCAUGGUGUGUUGUUUACGACACCAGUAAUGUGGCACCUGGCACGAAAAUGUCCGUGAAUGACGACAUGUUUGUAUCAGCGUCGAAUAGUUUCUCGAAUUUUGCCGUUCUUAUGCAUCCAUUUCGUAAUGCAUCUGCUGGUGGGGCAGUGCGGUGUAAUAUGCGAUGGAAUACAACCGAUCGUUUUGUGCAUAGUGUCGCUGUUGUUGGAAUUUCUAAAAAUAGUACUGUCAAUAAUACACAAUUUAUGUUUGUUUUUGCCGCAGAGAGAAUUUCGACUGCUACUCCUUAUGUUUGUAUUGGUAUUAUUUCUGAAUCAUGCGUCUCGCGAAGCCUUUGUUCUGACCUGGCGGGUAAUGACUCUCAUCAAGAAUAUUUCUUGCUUGGUGUCGAUAAUAACGGAACGUAUGCCUAUGGAUUUACUAGUACAUUUGUAUUCAAAUUGAAUAUCUAUGCGAAUGUUCUUGUAUUGAAUACGACAAGCAAUUCUAUUUGGCCAGCUCAAGGUUUUAUUCCACACUCGAUGGAUGUUGCUAGUGAUUGGGCUGUUGUAGCUGGUUACGGGUAUACCAUUGAAUAUAAAAAGGAUUAUGCUGCACUUGGAUGUUUUGUUAAUCUAACCACGUUCGCACCAGCAUCAUGUGUACCAAUUACAACUGAAACAACGUUUUUGAUUCCAGCAGAUGUAACCACUUACAAUAGUGCAUAUGAAUUGUCGGUUGCAAUCCGCGGGAAUAAAGUAGUCGUUGGUGUGCAGCGUCUCGCAACAGUUGCCGUACUUUAUAGGAUCGGAUCUGUUUUAAACGUCAGUCGCAUUAAUGUUUUAUCAUUCAUUGAUUCGACUUCUGUGGGUCGCGUUGUGGAUUGGGCAGAUGAUACGACAUUAGCGAUAUUAGUGCAAGAUCCAUAUGAUACUGUAUGGUCGCAAACGGAAAUAUUCUUUUACAAUGAAAAAUCUAUUUCAUUGACGUCGGCUAUCUUCAGCUUCCCCAACAAUCAACAAAUUUUAGGUAGUCGACUAUCUCGACCGUCGUUUGCUCGUUUCAGCAUUACGAUUAACGGUAAUAUGGCUAUACUAACAAGUGCCGCAGACAUCUUAAUUAUUCCAAAUGCAUCUCCCGGUUAUUCAUCACGAUGGAUUGACACGAACGACCGUGUUUUCGUUUUCUAUUACGUCCCAAAGCUUUGUAUCGGUGGAACUUAUAAAAAUAUGACUAGCGUCGGUCCAUGUCAAAUUUGUCCACCAAAUACUCGAAAUUCCGGAUUAUUACCAUAUGGGAUCACUCAAUGUAUUCCAUGUUCAAAUAACUCUCAAACUGGUUUUUGCCCUUUGGCAUCAUUAGCCGACAUUGAUUCAAAUUCAAUUGGUUCGUAUAGUCAAGCAGUGGCAUAUCCUGAGUCAGCUGACACGACUGAUAUCGAGGAUUUACUGAUAAAAAAUGUUUUUCAAAUAAGUACGGAUCCACAUUGUUUAAUUAUCUCGCCACUUUUGUGGACAAUUGUUGUCAGCGGUGUAUGUGUGUUAUUUCUUCUAUUUAUGCUCAUUACUCAUCUUUGCGGCUGUAAGUCAUGUAUAGAAUGCGGAAAGAGAGCACGAGAUUUAUUCAAACACACGGAUAUUAUCGGCGAAGGAGAAAUGUGGAUUGGUGGAUUAGCAACAUUUGCCAUCAUUGUUCUCGUUUCGUUUUCGUAUUGGUUUUCUGCUUCGUUCAUUCGGCGUUAUCCAAUCGAAGCUAUUAGUGGGCCAGCUUACUUUGCUUGCGAUGAGUCGUUAGUCAAUGCGCAGUUUUCUACUGGUCUCGAAUUACUUGCCAUUCCAAAAUCAGAAGGAGCUCAACCUAUGUUCACAUUACUUGACCAACAGGCAUUCAAUUUGACAGUAGAACUGAUCAAUACCGGCUUUUCUUGUGAUUCGAUCACAACACAAGAAAAUCUUGUCAGCUCAAAAUACGUGCCGCUACCCAUGGAUUGUCAACAAUCCAUUGAACGGGCGACAACAUAUAUUACUGUUCCACUUCCGAAACAUCAAACAACAGUGCAAGUAAACAUCAGUGGUCCGUAUUGGAUAGGUGCCUUUCGUUUAUGUUUUCGAGGACGAGGUCGAACCAAUUCCAACUAUGUCUUACGUGAAAUGGAUUUCUGUGAAUUCUAUGGAACAGCGAAUGAAGCUAUUGGAAGAGCUAUCUCGGUUCCGAUUGUCUUCAUAAAAAAUAUUAAUAUGACACAAGCCUUGGAACCAUCAGACUCGACAGAAUACUCAGGUUUAUGGAUGCCAACAUUUAGUACAGUUUCGUUAUCGGAUGAAGAUUAUUACACUGAUUUCGGUAAUUAUUUACGCUAUACAUCAUCAUUAACUGUAAUACAAGUCGCACUUGAUGAACGUCCAUUCUACAUGAAGAAUAUCCAACAACCGAUCGUUCGUACAGCAGAAUUAACCUUUCAUGGCUUACUGUUUACAUCAUUGUGUAUUGAAUUAUUCGCAUUUGCUUUUCUUAUCAUUAAGCUUUUCAUUGUCCCAUUACUUCGUUGGUUCGUUUUCCUAUGGAAAAAAUUUCGUCGUGAUUGUCUACAUUGCAAGGAUUCGAAUGAAUCGUUGGAAGGAUCAUUAAGUACCGCCGCAUUGAGUCAGAAAAUUGCAGAAUGGAGAGCAAAGAAUAACAAACAACAUAAUAGUUUACAACCCAGCUCGUAUGCAUUUAAUACAAUGCUUGAAAGUGAUCAACAUAGUCAGGCAACAUCACAACAUGAAUUAGAUUCGAUUCACACAAUUAGUAAACUUUAA